GUCCUGCCCUGUCCUGCCUCUGUCUCUGCCUCUCUCUAGUCUCUAGUCUCUAGUCUCUAGUCUCUCUCUGUCCCCUGCCCUACUAUCCAUCUACUGCCUGCCUACUCUUCAUCUGCUCUACUCUCCCUCUUCUGACUGACAUUGACUGACACUGACUGACUUGACCCUCUCUAUUACCUGGCCUACCCAUACUUUUUAUGUCUGCCUCCCCCAUCCUCAAACAAGGACCCUUGCGUGCCUCGUCGUGUCUCGUCUAUUCUUCACUCUUACAUUAAUUGAUCUGCUCUGCUCUUGUCUGCUUUAAUCACAUACAUACAUACCCACAGACUUGCAACUAUCGCAUCAAAUUCCACAGCGCUCUCAGUUUACGACUCAACGACUAAACUACCAAACACCAAUCGUCGCGGGCUGUCGAUUUCCCCUCGUUUCGCACUCACUCACACGAUUCGAACCGUGUUUGCUGAUCAACUAUCGCCGGACGUUAACUCAACUCACCGACGCUCCUUGGUAUCGCCAGGCCUUCACGACGCCUCAAAGAUUCGACUGUCGACUCGACUUCGCCGACUCAAACUUGAUGAUAGUCACAUCGUCGGCGACUGUUUUCUAUUGCUGACAUCGACCUCGACACAAGCCGUUGCUCUUUUGUUCGUGUCACUGUUGCUGAGUCACUCAAGCGCUGAGUGCGCGUUAUCGCAUCGUCGACCGAGCCUCGAGCACUCUUCAAUCACAACAUGAACAUGUUUCCAUUUCCAGUUCAAGAGGACCAAGUGAGGCCUCUGUCCGAAGAGGACCAGCAGAUCCUCUUGGGGCUUACCCGACGCUACGGCGUCUCAAGUCUCGUAUGCGCUCUGAGCGGUCUGGGUGCUGGAUCCUCUACCUUUUCAGCAUCGACACUCCUCAGCAACACCAGCGCUCCCUCACUAGCAUGGAGCAGUUCUGAGGCCUCUCAUGCACGAUCCGAUGCGGCCUCGAUUCGAACCCAAUCAACAUGGCAGGAUAACGCAGGCGACGUUCCCUCGAUUCACGACGGUGAGAUCGGUAAAGUUGCCGAUCGCACAUGGCUCGACUCGCCCAAUCUCAUGCAGUCACCCAUCCCUUCAUGCGAUGUCACCUCUCACCCGUCGCCCCGGCAUGUCACACCAACCUCUAAGAAGUAUCAGUGCCCCAUGUGCUUCCUCGACAACAACCCCGUUGGUUUCGGCAGGAAAAGUGAUUUCAAGAAGCAUCUUUACAAUUUCCACGGCGCUGAUGUGACUUGGCUUUGCAAGACCAAGGGCUGCCAUCUCUCUUUCGCUACUGAGCGAGCCUACAGCACUCACGCCAAAGAGACUCACCGCAUGGACGCUCUCCCUAAUAGCACUGCAAAGACAGAGCUGUGCCCUCAGGUUGUCUUUGGUUGUGGAUUCGCCAGCUGCAAGGACCGUGUCUUUGAGGCUUCAUCCAACGACCAGGCUUCAGCCAGCCGCGACAAGUACUUUGAGCAUAUCGCUAAGCACUUCGAGGAUGGCUUUGAUGUGAACAACUGGGAGUACAAGGUUCAAGUGCACAAUCUCAUGCGUCAGUCCAAGGUCAAGUCUGUCUUCAAGACUUGCAUCUGGCCCAAGGAGAAGAGAACGCAACUCACAUGGCGCCCUCGUUCCUCCGGUGAUCUCAAGCGUAUGCUCGAGGCCCGUCAUCUCGGUGAGGACAUCUCAACACUCGUGCGUCUUGCUUUCAUCCUGGGCACAUCGCCUUUCACUAGCCCUACUACACCGCCACCAAGCGAGAUUGACCUGCAGUUCUCUCUGCCCUUCCGAUCUCAAUGCUUGAUGGACACUGUUGGCCAUGCUGAUGGUGCUCAAUCCACGACGGCCGAGACCAGUGAGACCAACACACCCAUGGUCACUGUGACGAAGCAAGCUCCUCAAACACCGGAAGCACCUUCGUUCCCUGCCCGACGCAUCAAGCAGGAGACUCGACCCACGACACCAAUGGAUGGUCUUCCUGAGCCUAUGGUUCACGAUGAUCUCACUGCUGGCCCUCAUCCUGGAACACCGUUCCCCAUUCCUAACGAGCAUGUCUGGCCAGUGGAUGCGCCCAAGUUUGCUCCUGACCAGAUGAACACCUUUGCUGAUGCUUCCAUGACCUACAUCUUGCCUGGUCAAGAGCUUCCUCAGCAGCAAUGGGACAUGACUGGCAUGCAACAGCACUUCCCUCAACAAGACACUGUCAUGUCUAACGUCUACAUGCCUCCCCAACAACCUAUAGCUCCUCGUCCUGCUACACCCAUUCCUUCGAAGCGACCUGGAUCUUGGGGCAAGCGACUAAGCCUUGAGAACCUGCGUCCCAAAAAGAAGACAAGCGUGUAUGGAAGUCCUGCUUCCGAGCACGAGGCUGUCCCUCCUGUGCCAGCUAUGUAUGCCGACAUGAUUCCCACGUCUAUGCCAGCAGGCUACGAACUGCCAAUGCGAAUGGGCCACCCCCAACAAGGGUACACAUCCAACCCUGGCUUCAUGCCCCAGGCCCAACAGCAACAGUUCGGCUCACCCACGACAUUUUACUUGGAUGAUGGGGACAUGAGACUAUAAGGCGUUUUUAAAAUCUCGGAACGAAAAAGCAUUCUUUGAGCAUCAUGAUUUCAUUUAUUCUCUUUCUCAAACUCUGCAUUACCAUAUAUCUGUACUAAUAAUCACCCCUGAAGAGGAGGACGAGGAACAUAACGACAGGAUACCCAUCCUCCACUAUCUGACGAACUUUCUCUUGUUGCACAUUUCCUUUUUGUCUGUCAUGGAUAUACCAGGACAACCACAUACCUAUUUCCUUUUAUCGUCUUUUUCUUGAGUGUCAUUGUUAAGUCAUUUGUUUGCUUUGAGAUACCACGGUGUUGAAGAAGGAUGGAUUGAGAUGAGACGGGAAACCAAAGUCAUGGAACGCUGCAUAGGGCACAGAACUGUUUAACUGCAGCAUGUGUUUGUUUUCUCUCUGUUCAAUAUUGCAUCUUUCGGGCGGUUUUAUGCGUGGAUUACUAUACCGGGAUAGGCAGAUACCCUUGUGUGAGGCCAGCAAGCAAUUGAGGAUCUUUGCUUUGGCGGGAUACAUAUGAAUAGAUAGGGAGGGAAGCAUGUCAGCGAGAUAUAUGAAUUAAUAGAAUCUUGAAGAAUAUCUUUGCGUCGUUCGCCUGAG